AUGUCUCCUCUAAUCUGGGCCGUGGAGAAGGGGGCUUUGGAGUCCGCGACGGCGAUUCUGGACGACCUGCUGACCAUUCGUGCAGAUCGGGAGCGGUACUACUAUGGCAUGGGGUCAUUGUUCACCCGCCAUCCUGACAUCGUCAGCACGCUUUGUGAAAAGGCACCCUCAUUACUCCCGGCAUUAUUUGACGGGCUGAUCUGGCGGUCCAAGAAUGUGAAAAAUGGAGCCCGGCGCACGAACUACUACAUUGCUUCCUUCCUUAGUGACGAAGAAGGCCAACUGACAGAUUCGCUCUUGGACUUGAUCAAGCAUGGUGACCCGACAAUCAUCUGCCACCCCACAGCGUUCUUUCAAGCCGACCUACUUUGGACUCGUCUUUGUUGCGUGCCCUGGGCUAUGACGAAGUUAUGGUUCUGCAUCACUCUUUUGGUGUACAUCGUGGCCGAGCAGCAAGCCUUUCUGCCACGUGACCCAUUAAGCUCGGAUAAGUUCUCGGUGAUCUUGUGCCGGGCCUUCUUGUACACUUUUAGCCUGGGGCAGCUCUUCGCCAAGCAUGGGUGCCAAACGUACAGAGCCAUCCGUCAGAAGCAAAUGAUGCGUUUUUGUGGAUGCCUGCCUGUGCCGAAGUACAUGCUGCAGACGCGCCAGGAAGUGGUCGAAGUAGUCCUGCUUCUCUUCCUCGCGUGCCUCUUCUGCUGUGAGCCAGUCCUCCAUUGCCUCGCAGUGAGCAACGAUUUGCUUACCAACUGUUGCGAGUUUGGUGAAUGGCAGUGCAACCUCAUGCACACUUACAACCGCGUCGCUGCCUUCCCGCUGCUCCUGUACUUCGUGCUGGCGUGUGAGCUGGUAAACCUGAAUGUGCACCUGUCCGUCUUCAGUGUGAUCUGCUCGUGCCUGAUGUCGGAGUUCGUCAUGUACGUGGCAGCCCUUGUUUUCUUCACUGCUGCUUUCGCUUCAGCAAUCGCUUGUUCGCCUCAUUCAUUAGGCACUCAGUCUGUUCAGAUGAAGGACUUCUUCAGCUGGCCUAUGGCUUUCGAAUCCCUGUUGUCAAUGGCAUUUAGUGCUUAUGGUGGCAACAAGUACGAGGAGAUAGCAGAUGAGCCGUUGCUGAAGUGGCUUGUCAUGGGCUUCGCCGCAUGCUGGCAUGUGUACCUGAUGAACCUUAUGGUGGCGCAGUUAUGCCAGCGUUACAAUGAGCUCUUCCUUCAUGCACGCGGCAAUGCCCGGUUGACGCGCGGCAUCAACAUUUACGAGACCGCGAUGCCUUUGAUCUCCAAGAGGCGAUGGACAGCCUUUUUGACGUCCUUGCAUCUGGAAGAGGCAUGCGAGUUCGACCAGGGUGAAAACGGUCCGUGUGGUGCGGUGCCCACGACAGAGGAGCCCUAUGAAUAUUUGCAGCAUCCCCAGGUGUCAUUAGAUCGGGUUCAACGCUACGGGGGACUUGCGAGACCAGAGUUGCCUUGGCCAUCCUUAGACGAGGCGGUGGACGACAGCGACAUCGGCAAGUUGACGCAGCUGACGCGUACCAAGUUUGAGGAGAUGGACAGGAUUAUGAUGGACAUGGCUAUCAAGCUCCAGGUUCGCCAUCCAGGGACGAGUUCUAGCGGUGCGUACUUCUCAACUAUGAAUGCCUCCCAGCAGUGCGACGAAAGCAAGAUUGCUGAUGAUCGCGAUGGCGGGGCCUUGAAAGACACGGUGUCCAGCGAGCUUGAGGAGGAGUUUACAGAGGAAUCCGAGACGUUGAAAGCGACUCCCUGCGACGUGAUCCCAAGCUCAAACCGUAAUUAG